UUUAUUUUGAGCGCGCUUUCCAUCUGAAGAUCCUCUUGCUUCUCGACAUUUUGGUUGCCAGUGGACGAGGAAGAUGCCUUUUAUGGGUUCAUCACUGUAAAAAUGGUAUUUCAGAACCACACGCACGCCGCUCAAGAAACAUAAAUGUUGCAACAGAUUUGACGCUAACCCUGACCAGUCGUAGACGCAUUAUUGAAGUUUUCUUGGAUUUGUAAACCACCAGCCGAAUAACGCAGGCACCGUGAGUGCUGGAGCUCUUCUUAAGACCACAAAGAACACGGAGGAAGCACAAAACCUGCUCCGUCAACAUGCAGUCUGGCGUGAGUCCGUUGCACGGCCGCGCCGUGGACUUCAUCCGCGGCAUUAUGUCGGGACAGAUGGUUGGAGCCGAGAAUUACGGCGUGGUCCGCGGGGACUACAAUUACGACUUCUCGGUUCGCCUGGAGGGCGGGGCCGCGUUUUCGAACACCGGCAUCCUGGUCGCGUCCGCCAACGAGCGCAAGGCCGAGUCCGGGUCCGAACUCCCACUCGGGAUCAAGUGCACCUGGAAGCGGAGGUAUCAUCUUCCGGUAUUUUUUCUACUUGUUUUGUUUCUUUUUACGUUUCAGUUUCUACUUUCUGUUUUUACAGGCGAACUACAUGGUUACGGUUCAUCUUCAUACGCUUGUUAUUUUGCAGAAGUGGUGCCAGAAGACUGUUGUUUGCUUCUGGGAGACGCAUCAUGACAGUUGUAGCUCCUCCCAUGGAUCAACAACAUGCUGCAUCUGUUUCGUGCUGCACAUUCAAACUCACUCAAGAACCCUCCUUUCUCUACAACAAACCCCCAGGAUCCUAGACGCCUCCUCCAGCUCUUCCUCUAGCUCCUCCCUCGCGGCCGAGGGCCUCCUGGUCGAGAUCGCCGGCAUCUCGACCAAUAUGUACCAGAUUUCGGCGGACGACAUUGGGUGCAAAAUCGUCGUGGAGGCCCGGCUCGCCGACCCGAACCACCUGCACUACCGGGGCGUGGCCAUCGGGGAGAUUGGCCCCUUUCAGCUGGACCCCAGCACGAGGCGCAGUCUGGACAACAGCAUCGGCGCGGGAGGAAGCCGGUUUCCGGUGACGUUUUACAAGAAGGAGAACGAGCCGAAGCAGAACUACAUGCUGCAUGUGACCUCGGACGAAAUCAAAGUGAUUCAGCCAGGGAUGACGGAGAGGUGCAUAGUACUAGUAGUAACGGCUCUGGUGCCAUAAGGAGCGACGUCUUAUUUCUGCUUAGCUUCCAUUUCCAACUCCAAGAGCAUGGCGCUGAACUUCUUGUGUUUGCCUUGCAGGCCUAUAUUUUUCAGGGUGCUCACUCCUUGGAUUUGUAUUGCACAGAACGCCCAUACAACAUCAGGUUUGACCGCGAAAUCUCCAUUACCUACUCCGGCGACUACCCGCGGGUGCUGAUUCACCCCUUGGAUACGCUGAAAUUCAAGCUCCUGGUAGACUCCAGCACGGAGAUGCAUUUCGGCUCCCUGAGUCGCCAGUCCCGGGACUUGAUCGCGCUCACCAUUCGCUGCUUCCAUUCCAGAAGGUAUCAAGUCUCUCAUGAUUGCUGAAGUCAAAUCCACCUUCUACGACUGGAUCCUCGUCGACGGCAUUGAUUUAUUUCAUCUCUUCGUCCUGCUCAUCAAGGCGGGACACAUCUUCCGAAAAGUUUCAGUGGUUCCCUGUAGUUUCUGCUCAUCUUCCAAAAAUUUCAGGCACAUCGCCACCGCGGCCCUUCUGGAACAGGUUUUUUCGAACCCAAUCAACCACGGCGGCAUGCUGAACACCGAGGACUACCAAGCCGCGCAGCUGGAUCUCUGUCUCUACACCGACCGGCUGCGGGGCGAGUUAAUCCGGCAGCUGGAAACCCGAAUAGCCAUCGAGAAGCAGUACCACAAAAUUGCCAACGAGAAGACCUUUCUCGACGAUCAGCUCCACGACACAAUUACCAGUUUCACGGGCAUGAUACAGGAUCUGCAGGAUCAGGUAGAAGAAGAAGAAACCUGUCAUGCACGAACAGAGAAAAAAAUGCAGGUUGAUGAAGUAAGAUUAGCCCUCUUCCCCUGAAAAAGUUCGCUAUCGGUAGCGGUAUGUCGGUUCUAUGGUUUUUGGUCAUGUAAGUACUUUUAUUUCGUUUGGCCAAGUGCUACUUUCAUUCACACCUACAGGUCACCACCAACGAGUCUGCUCAGGGUGGUCCCGGCGUUCCGACAGACCACACCAGUGCCAGUCGACUGAACCCGGAUCCGUUUUUCCAUGCCGCGACCAGCGUCCCGCUGAAAAAGUACGAGAACCUGCAGCAAGAAAACACGCACCUCAAGAUUGAGCUGGAGGAGCAAAGGAGACAAAUUCUGCAGGAGAAGCACAAGGCCAAGCUCGCCGGGAACCCGUUUGGGGAUAUGGGUUUUGGAAGCAACAGCUCUGGUGGCGCCGGAACUUCGAAGAUCGAGCAGGAACUGCAAAGGCUGAAAGAAGAAAACCGGCGACUUCUCCGGAGCCAAGAGCCGUCCAACGCGGAAAUGAGGCGGUUGCGCAUAGACAACGACCAGAUUCUGCAGGAGAGGGAAGAGUUAGUGCGCAGGCUGGAGCGGGCGGACCGGGAGAAGGCGGAGCUUAGUAGCAACUUUGUAUACGUGAAGGGGGAAUAUGACAAGUUGCAAAACCGCAUGUCAUCUCCUUCUGGCGGUGGUAGUGGGAUGAACAAUUUCACCGUCGGCGGGUCUGCAAGUUCAUCGACCUCACCGUUUGGGGACCCGUUUAGUAUUUCCGCGGGUGUUUCACCCGGGCUCGGAGGCGGGGAGCAGUAUUCAUUGAUAUAUUUUUUCAUGUCGUCGUAAUUUUUUCUUGUGGUAGUUGUGCUGAGAAGUAGAUCAAGGUAGAAGUAGAAUUUUCUGUGACAAACAUGCUGUUCCAAAAUGUUCGUGUUUCGACUAGAUUGGUCGCACUGAAGAUUCUUUUCCACUUUUCAACGAACCACUCCCGCUCAGCUCAUCUUCCGCCGGUGGCCGCAGCUACCGUGCACUGCAAGAGGAGCGCAACCGCCUGGCGCAGCGGGUCGAGCAACUUACCCAGGACGCGGAGAAGGCGAAGACCAGUCAGGAUCAGGGCAUGGAGCGGGUCAUGACGAGCAACGCGAGACUCUUGGAGGAGAAGGAUCGACUGCAGCGGGAGGUGGAGCGCGUGUCGCGACUGUACGCUGACGCGGUAAACCACGCCGCAGCCACGUCCGCGGGUAUGGGCGGCUACGGGAGCAGUGACGAGUUGCAGCAGCAGGUGCGGACCUUGCAGGUCGACAGUCUGAAGAAAGACGAAAAAAUCCGGGUGCUGGAAUCGGAAAACGCGAGCUUGAAAACCAGAAUACGCAAGCUGGCGUCAGUCACAUGAUGUUCUUGACCGGGCGGGUUUCAUGAAGAUGGUUUUCUUCUGAUUUAAUAGCUCCUGGCUUUUGAUCAUAUUCUGCUACGCCCUGCUUCCAUGAGAAGAUAGCGCUCAUGCUCAUCUGCCACAAGAAGAUAGAUGAUGACGCCGUGGCACCACGAUGUUGUCUACAGAUGCGGCAAGCGUGUAGCUGAUUCUACCCACUGCCACUCAAACAACGCCUGCGUCUGGAAAGAAUUUACAGCGUCCGGCUGCACAGGAAGCCCUUAU